AUGAGCCCAAACCAGAAGCAGAUCCACAAUGUGCCCUCCUCGAGCGAACUACUUCACAGACGCCGGUGGACAACCGAGUUCGAGUUUGGGGGCAAACUCAACGGCGGCGCUGUAGACAACGCCUACUCCAGGACGCAAGCCUCGAAGUUUCCUCGUGAAGGUCCUGUAGGCUUAAGUCACAGCGACUCCUGUAUAGUUUCACCCGUCUGCCAGCUGUCCAGUGACACAGGAACCCUUGAGAGGACUGAGGUCGAGUCUAAACAACUCCCGAGGAAUACCUUCGGUAACAGUGGUAGCGACCACUUUAGAGAUUCGAGUAUUUGCCAAAGACAACAUAAUGUACAGACCUCGCAGAGAAGGGUCCCCAGCUGCCUCCCAGCUGGAAAGCAUAUCAAAGAGUGGAGUCCGUCUUCCAGUUACCGUCUAGGAUAUCAAAAUGACAACAACCCUCUCCGUGCCUUAGGAGCUCGAUGCCUUCUACAGGCCCAAACAGAGAACUCGAACCAGCUCGGAAUGAACAGUCGUCAGACGCGGACAAUGGAGGAGUUGAAAAGGAGCCUCGAACAGCUGGCGGCCGAGGUCCACAACGACAACCUCCAACUGACAGAUCUUCUACAGGUCAAGCUUGCGCCUCCGAAACCCCCACCGGGACCGUCGAAGGAGGACCUGGAGGAGCUGCGAAACAGCAUUAAGCAGCUGGCUGGGGAGUUGAAAACUGAGAACCAACAAUUGGAGAGUGCUCUGCAGGCCUCGCUGGCCAGUAGGUCUCAAGCUCUGAAGGAAAAAAGUCAGCCGCCGAAUGCCACUGACGCGGCUCUCCUUGAGGCCAUUGAAGCUCUAAAGACCAGUGUUAGGGCGCUCGCGACAGAGGUCGAGGAUGUUACUGGUAAACACGUUCCUGAACAAGCCAGUGCACUGACAAAUGCCAUAUCAGCCAUCUCGGCUUCAGCCAAGGGCAUGUUCUCCAAGUUCCUCUCCUCCAAAUCGCACGCGGAUGAGGAUUCGAAAAAAGGUGUAUUCGCGGAGAUAAAUGGCGAGGAAGAGGAGAAGAAGAAGGGCAUGUUUUCAAAACUCAUGUCCUUAAAAUCCUCCCCGGCGGAACAGGAGCGCGACUCCUUAAGUUCGCUCACUCCGCCUGCACAGGCUGAACCAGAGCGGUCGUCCAAAGUUCCAUCAUUAGCAUCAUCAUCAGCAACGACAGCAGCCAAGCCAGCCAGUAUUUAUGAAAAGGCUAAAAAGAGCAUUUUGUCGAGGACCAGUGUUCAUCAGACUGCACCACCGGAGACUCCAAGACGCGACACCGCAAAAAGCAGUACUGUCGCAAAGCGUUCGACCCUUUCCUCACGAGGUGGUGCCGAGGGUGUUCCGUCAGUGGAAACCCCGAGACGCAGUACUGGAAAGAACAGUACUAUUGUCAGACGUUCGGAGGCUUCCAAAAGUGUGCGAAGUCAGGCAACGCGGAAGUCCAGCAGAAAGACUGCGGCCGCCAAACCCUCGCAGACUGCUGCGUCAGCCUCUGAACCUCCAUCUGAUGGUCGGGCUUCGGUUAUAAGUACUGCCACGCCGGUGGAAAGUGACGAAGACAAGGUGUCGGUGGUCAGUUCGCAGGGUGGCACCGAAAUGGAUGUCCCAGCUGCUAGGGAAUCAAGGGUGUCUGCGGUUUCAGCGGUCUCCUCGGUGUCAGCACAGCAGACACCUCCCGCAGUGCGUGUUAGUGCUCUGCCAACAGAUGUUCGCUGCUACGCUCCAGAUGGGACUUUAAUCCGAGACUCUAGCAAGUGUCCCCAUUACGCCAGUGUACCCUACGCACCGAAGAUAAAGCAGCCAUCGCAGUACUCAAAAGGAGUGUCGGAGGGGGCUGUGGCCAGCGGUGUCGAUGAGCCAAGACCAUCGCAACAGUCGAGCGGAUCAACGCGUUCUGUCCUGCUGCCAAAUCUCCUUGAGACAGAAGAUCGUCGAAUCAGCCAAUCCUCGAGAUCCACCCUCGAGCUCUCGGGCAGCCAAGCCGAGGACCGGUCGUCCGUUAGAUCAUCCCUGCUGGGGGAGGGAAGAGGAAGCGGGGAGCAAGCAUCGUCUCAGGACUCAACACCCCGGCUACGGAAGAGUGUAAGCUCUCAAGAGCAACAACAGAGUCCUGACAGCAACGCUCCCACUUCCCCUAAUGGCUCCAGUGACCGCACGGAUCAGUUAACACCAUCAAUCACCAGAUCAUUGGUGAGCUCUUCGCUCGCAGACCGUCUAAAUCCACUCAUUGUAGAGGCCCUGGAAGAGAUCAAAACCAGUGUCGCCAUAAUUGAUCGAGAGGCGCACAGGAGGAACACUAAAGUUCCCACGCCCCCGCCACCAUCGCCACCGCCACUUCCAGAUCCCGUUAUCGUCGAAGCCAUAGAUGAAAUCCGCCGGAGCCUCAGGGCUAUGCAGAAGGACACCGUAGUCUCGGAGUCCACGGCCUCAGAGUCCUCUGAGGCGGUCAAACUCCUCAAGGACAUUAAGGCCAGCCUUCAAAGACUGGCGGAGAAUAAGAAAAAGGCCGAGGAGAAAAAGAAGAAGGCGGCUGAAGCAGCAGCAGCAGCAGCCGCUGAGCAGGGCGACCGGACAGGGGGAGGAACUGCCGCGGGUCGCCGAAAUUGCUGCUGCUGUUGUUCAGAUGGGAGGCGAAGGCCAAAUCCUUCGUUCCUCCCUUCUCCACCUCCUCCUCCUCCUCGUCCUCCUCCGUCUCCUCCUCUCUGA